AUGGGUAUUCCAUCAACGCAAGCGUCCAACGCUAUCAUCUACCUCACUUACGGAGCGUUCCUAGUCGUGGGAUGCUAUGUCGCAUGGCGUUUGCGCAACCAGAGCAAGACGGAAUGGCUGUCGAGUAAUCGUACACAGAAGGGCGGUCCGCUUGCUCUCAACUUCAUCGCAUCGGCUCUCGGAUCUGGAAUCCUCUUCUCAUACCCUCAGAUUGCGACAAUUGCUGGUGUGCAAGGAGUGUUGGUCUAUUCCUUGGCCUCUGCCUUGCCGCUUCUGGUUUUUGGUGCUCUGGGGCCCAUCAUCAGACGCAAAUGUCCUGAGGGGUUCGUCUUGACAGAAUGGACGAGGCAGCGUUAUGGAGCAGUCGCGGGCUUGUUCCUUAGUGCUUGCACACUUAUCACUAUGUUCCUGUACAUGGUUGCUGAGCUUUCAGCUCUGCAGCAGAUUGUCACUCUCCUAACAGGCCUGAACGGUCUUCCCGUGGUCAUAGUCGAAUGCGCCGUCACCACCAUUUACACCUCAUUCGGCGGGUUCAAGGUCUCCUUCGUAACAGACAAUAUCCAGGGUGUGAUGGUCCUCGGACUCAUCAUCCUAGGCGUCAUCGCCGUUGGUGUGGAAACAGACAUCGACCGCUCCCUCAUUGACCAAUCUGGCUUCCUCGGCUCGAGUCUUCUGGGCUGGCAACUCUUGUACAUCCUCCCUGUUGCCGUCCUAACCAAUGAUUUCUUCUUGAGCGGGUUCUGGAUGCGCACUUUCGCUUCGAAAACAGACAAAGAUCUCUGGAUCGGUGUCUCGCUUGCUACCGUUGGUGUUCUGAUUAUACUCACGCUGGUCGGCGUCUCCGGACUGCUCGCUGCAUGGUCCGGUGCGUGGACGCUCGGAGAUGAGGAAACUGGUUCGUUGUCGUUGUUCCUGCUCUUGGAACAACUCCCUGCAUGGGUUGUCGGUGUGGUCCUCGUCAUGACCGUGUCUCUCUCCACCGCUGCUUUCGACAGUUUCCAAUCAUCCAUGAUCAGCACCGGCAGCAACGAUCUCUUCCGCAACAAACUCAAUAUCUGGGUCAUCCGCAUAUGUGUCCUUCUCAUCAUCUUCCCCGUCGUGGUUGUGGCACUGCGCAGCCCGGAUAUCCUUCGUAUUUUUCUGAUCAGCGAUUUGGUCAGCGCAGCUGUGGUUCCAUGCCUCGUCCUUGGAUUGUCCGAGAAAUUCUACUGGUACCGUGGGUUCGAUUUUGUUGUCGGAGGCCUUGGUGGUAUUUUCACAAUCUUUUUGUUUGGACUGGUAUACUACAACGGCGAUGCGAAGCUCGCCAGCGCGUUGCUUAUCCUGGAAAGCGGAUUGUACGCGAAUGAUUGGAGCGUUUUCGGCGCCUUCGUAGCUGCACCAUUCGGAGGUCUGCUCUGGGGUUUCGGCGCCUGUGGUCUUCGUCUUGCUGCCUUGUUCGUCUGGGCCAAGGUCAAGGGCCGCCGCUUUGAUGCUUUGGACCGUCCUGUGCAUCACGAUCGGCAGGCGGGAUCAUUCGACGGUCACGACAACGAUACCGUCAUGGAGCACACCGUGGAGGCGCACAAGAGCGGAAAGUUCUUCUAAACGUCUUCUGCGAGAUGCACAUUUAUCGUGCAGUGAUCGCAUAAGAGGAAGACUGUCAUUCGCAGGCGGAAGUUGGAUACAAGUGGAGAAAUUGGAGGGGAGCAUUCUUCCUGUCUAGAACAUCGGCGUACUUAUCGCAGUAUUUAUAUCUCCUACGUACAUAUAUAGAGAAUUGAGGUUGGGGGUUAGAGGAAGGUGGUGGUAAUGUUUCAUACAUUCGUCAAUCAAUCAAUCAAUCAAUCAACC